AUGACUGCUUGUAUUGAAGGUGAAGAAGAGGUCUCUGUUGGCAACUACUCAAAUGAAACUGAUGCUGGAACUAGUACUGGGGAGGAUCUGUAUGAAUCAAGUUCAGUAAUUAGUUUACAGCAAGAAAACAUGGCUGGUUUGAAUCAAGAUUUUUUUUCACUUGAAGGCACAUCAACUUGGAACAGUAUCUCAGGUGCAAGGAAUGCCGACCAGAUAGAUACAGUCAUAGAUCAGUCUAAUUCCUACGUGAGCAAUAGGUCAAAUGAAUGGGAGCAUUUAGGAGCUAGACCUAAACACAGACCCACCAAAGAUGCUAAAGACCCUCCUGCAGAAGCUUCUUCACACCAUUCAUUGUUGGUUGACCCAGGCCCACAUCAAAUGAAUGAAUUUUUGUACUACAACAAUGCAGAGAAGGAUCCGUCACCACAGGGAGCUUCCUAUGUGGAAGGCAUGAUGAACUUGGCCGACUCAAAAAAGGCAAAACCAUACUUUGGGGAUUGUCAAGUUAUUUCAAGGCCUGAUCCAAUAUAUUGCCAAUCACAUUCUUCAUUUAAUCCUCUGACUGGUGGAACAAGUGUUCAAGGAAAUGAUACUUCUGCAUCAUUAAAUUCCACAGACAACUCCCAGCUUGAAUUAGAAGAAGAAGAAGCAUUUUCUUUGGUGGAAAGAGUUCGAGAAAGAGGAGAAAGAGGAGAGUUUUGUCAGGAAAUUGAAAAAAUAGAGCAUGGAAAACAAGCAGAAAGAGUACAGAAGAAGAAAGAGAGGGAGGCUUGUCCAGAGGCAAUAGGAACACCUCUGAGUCAGGAGGUAAAAGUUAGAGUUAGCUUUGGGAAUUUGUUUUACAUAUAGAUCAAAACAAAAUCCUGUUGUUAAUAUUUUUCUUUCCAUGUGCCACCUGUCUGCUUAAAACAUUAUACUGAUAUUGUAAGGAAAAAUAACUUUUUUAAGUGCAGGGGUUAACUUGCUAAAGUUGAGGUGCCUAGAACUGAUAAGCAAUGCUUUAACAGCGUUAAAAAAAUGCAAAUCAACCCAUUUUGUUUUCCUUUUCCUGGGUAACUGGGGUAGUAGUUUUUAAGGCUUUACAUGUCACCCUUUGACCAGGUGGUAGAACUGUGUUUUAUUGGGAGGUUGUUUGAAUAACUUGAAGGUAAAGGAGUUAGUACUCAAACAUAUUUUAUUUGGUAAUGUAACAGCACAACCAAACAUGUUUGAGUUGAUUGAGCCACUAGGUCCUUUUUAGGACCAAAAGCAUGCAAGGUUAUAAAGUUCUAUUAAUUUAACACUAGAUUCUGAAAUUGAAUGAUCUGCAUUUGAAACUUUAACAAAAAUCAAGGUGGUGGCUAUUUUGUUGACACAAUAUUUAGCAAAAUUAAUGUGACCAGAUGAUAAGUAACAGGAGGGCAGAUUAAAAUUUGGAGCAAUUGUGUGCAAUCAGGGUCAAUGCUUUAAGAUUUUUAGAUUUCAGGUGUGGAAGUGGAUUGAAGGAAGUUUGAUUUGUAAAAUUACUGUUUCCCAACAGGAGAGGUAUAUUGAGAUGCCAGUCACCUGUAAUGUGGAGUCAUUAAACUCUACUAACAACAGCCCUCUGGCCUUUGUACAAGGUGUCAGAGAUGCACAGAGAAAGGUUUCAGCGAGGAACUUACUGUUCAGAAGAUGGUAGUGCACAUGUUCUGUUCAGGUACAUGUAAGCUUGUGAUGUUUUUUAUGCAGUUAGUCAUCAAAUUACAGGUUCUGUCAGACAUUUAGUAUAACCACAAAUUGCAUGGGAAGCUCAGAAAACCAUGAAUGCCAGAACUGUUUCUGGAAUGUUAUCAAGUCAUGAAGAACAAACCAGUUGCAAGAGAACUUAACUGGGUGCUUGGAGAUCUCAUUCUAUAAUGUGAUUGGUCAACCAUAAAAAUAUAAAAAUUUCACAAGUAUUUGAAGUGCUGAUGUCUGAAAUCCAUUAUUUUUUCAUUUUUUGUUUAAGCCUGGGUUUUUCCAUAAGGUUAGUUUGGUGUAUUACUUGUUAAGGGUUCCCUCAAAUAUUUUCAAGUAGAACAAGGGAUAUUUUGUGUAGUCCCAUUUACUACCCUGGGUCUCAUUUAAAUGCCAAAUGUCAGACAAAGCAAUGUUGAAAAUGGUUAGUCUAGUGCUUUGAAAAAACUAGCUUCUGAAGUAAAUUCUGAAUUAUUUUUUAAAUUAUGUUAUGGUUUUUCUUUGAUAGUAUGAUCAAGAUGCUGGCCCUGCAAUCUGUACAACUUGUAACAAGUAUCGAUAUCUGUAAGUAUAAAUCAGCAGCACAAUGCAUCAGAUUUCUAAUCCUCCCUGCCCAUGUGUCCUUUUGAACUUGAUCCCAUUUUGAUACAAAAAGAUACAUAAUAAACCAGGAAAGAUUAAUGAUGGGAGAUAUAGUGGUAUGCUGGUUAACACACUUGUUGUCCUUUUCAUAAUGUGUGGAUUGACCCUUAGCUGAGUCAUAUUUGUCUUUUAUUCUUGGGUGAGGCACUUACUCCCACAUUGCCUCUCUCUAACCAGGAUUCCAAGUCUGUGAAAUCAUUACUGGCAAACCAUAUUUUAUGGGGAUGUCGUUGACCCACUUUGACUCUGAGUGACAAUGUUAAUGUCAUCUGUAAAUGACUCAUUGGUGAAUAGAGGUUCCUAUUCAUGAAUUCUUAUGGUAUAUUUGAUUUAUCUUUUCCCCAGAGGGCCAUGCAGGGUUAGAGUUCAGAGUUGCUAUGACGAAUGCUGCAUCUGCCAGAGGGUAAUUUUAUUGUUGUUAUUAAGCAUACAGUGACAAUUUGUGCCCUCAGUGAACAUACAGUAGAACCUUAGUCUCUGAAUGGUAUGGUGUUAACCCACAGUUUAUUCCAAUUUUCCAGCCAUGCACUAUUAUGUAACUCUCCAUUCAUUCAAAUUCUUUGAUAUCUGUCUGUUCUUGACCUCAUCCCUCUUUUCUUACCCAUAAGUUUUAAUGGGUGUGGCUCUACUGUACUAUAGCUUAAAAAUUCACCUUGGAGAGAGGGUUAACUGUUCCACUCCUGUGAUACAGAUAUUAUUUUUCUAUACUGUCUGCCACAGAUCUAUGGGCAUUUUAGCUUUGAGAAUAUGUUGUUAGGUUUAAAAAAAAAUCAAUAUGUUGAUAUUCUUCUUUCCCCUUCUACUUGAGAAAUAACUUCCUGGAGUGUCAGGGUUAUAUUUUCAUAAAAUGGAGGUGGAAAGAAAUGAUCCAUAAAAUGUGACAAAGAAUAAAAUUCAAGUCUUAUAUGGUUCCUUUGAGACUGACUUACCUAAAAGAUAUUAGUUGUUCACCAUUCCAAUAGUUACCUUUUGGCUCUUACUAAAGAUACCUUUUUUAUGUGAGAAGGACACUCUUUUAAAUUGGACUUCUGUAUUUGCAGCAUACCUCCAGCGGUUUGCAUAUUUUACCGUGCCUGCACAGGGCUCACAUGGAGUGUAUUGUUAGGCUGAUACAGCACAACAUGUAAGUUUGUCACAAUUCAGCCAGUUCCAGCAAUCCUCCAUCAUAAUUGAAUGGCUGGAACAUUCUAUUUUGUAGUUACUUAAGCAUUCUCUUUCUGUUGGUCACCAUGUAGUCUCUGUAAUCAUGCUGAUCCAUUUCGUAUUCAAAUUACAGGAGAUGCUUAACCAUUAUAAAAUCUUUUCUGAUGAUAGUUACUGUCAUUUGCAAAACAUACUUUUGCAUAAGCAGGUAAUUUAUGUCUGACCAGUAUGUCUGUAUUUAUUUUGCAGAUUACAUUGCCCAUCUUGCUUUGGUGCCUUUUUUCCGUCAAGUUAAUUGUGCUCCAAGGUGUAGUCCAAGGUUGUUUAAGUAGUAGUACUUCUAAAGAGUGAAUCACUCAAGUCAUGCCUGAAAAACAAGAUUCUGGUUCCUUUUUGAACUUUCUUUAACAUAAACAGUCAGUUAAAAAAGACUGGUGAGGCAAUUAUCAGUUAAGGUGAUAACUAGGGAGAGGUAGAGGUGAAGCUAAUAGGCAGAGGUGGAGGUAAUAGGCAGAGGUAAAGCAGAGCUGUCAGUCAAAUAGCUGCUAGCUGGCUAGAACCUCUGGCCAGCCAGCUACUUUCAAGCCUGUUAAUCAUAAGUGCUGAUGAAAAUUUAUAUGAUCAUCAAAAUGCCAUCAAAGAAAUUUGCACAGGAGCUACUUCCUUGUUUUAGUAGAAUUGUGUGGAUAAUUUAAAACUUAUGGGUUUAAAUGCAUGAAAUGAUUCCAUGUUCAGAAUUUGUGCAAAGGCUCGUGCCAACUUCCUGGUUUGUGUUUAGUUCCCUGUUUUCCAAGUAGUCUGACAAAACAUAAUAGCAUACACAAAAACUACCUGCCCGCUAUUUCAUUAUAGUCCUCUACUUCCAAACCAAUUGACAGCCUUGCUAAAGUCAAAGGAGACUGAUAAUAGUGUUGUUACAAUUAUGGUAAACUUUUGAUGGCUAAAGAGAAAUCCUUAUUUGCUUCAGUAUUUAACUGAAUAUUUAUUCAAUACCAUUUUUAAGGGAAAAAAGAUCAAAGCAUUUGGUGAAACAAAGUUUGGGAAGUUUGUUUUCAGUAUCACAAGAUGCAUAUGUUUUCGUCAUCCAUCGUACUUCCAUUUGUUUACACUACGCAAUAAUUUAAGUAACAAUAAUUUAUUAACAUGUAUGAUAUGAAAGAACAGAAGACAUUAGCGUUAAAUGUUCAGCUGAACAAGUAGUAUUGUUAUGAAACCCAAGUAAACAAUACCCAUAGAAUCAUUCAUUCUAUGUUGAUACUGGACUUCUUACUUGGAUAUUCAUCCAGUCAUUUUGAAGCUAAUUCUAGCUCAGAUAGUGACUUCAUCAAGAUGACUGCCAAUAUAGAAGAUAAUCAGAAACUAUGAUAGAGACUCAUUGGAGUUGCCUAACAUUUUCCUGCUGGAAGUGGAAUAGAAGGAAGAGAGGAGAUUGAGAAGUGAUUGAUUGAAAGAAGAGAGUGAAAUAAGAGCAGAAAUAGCAAAGGGAGGCAGGGAGGUGGAGAAAGCCAGAUGGUGGCAACAAUAUCUGGAAGCAAUGAGAAGACCCUCACAUUUUUGGGAGGUAAGAGUUAUUGUAAAGAAAUGUCUGCCAUGAAGGUCUUUUGCUUCCAUUCUCCAACACCUCUUUCAGUUUGCAAUUGCUACCAAGAUGUUGUGUAGCAAAUUGAAGAAGUUGGCGAAAUGUUUCCUUACCCUUUACACCCAAACAUCAGUAUUCAUAUUCUCAUACUGUUCUCUGUAUGUUUACUGAGGUGCUGACAAGGAAAAUUUGUCUAACAGUCAAGAGUUUCUGUAGUUGAUGAUCGUUUCCUUUAUUCUCAAGACAUUAAUGUGUGAUUCAGUGGUGAUAUUGUUAGGAGAAAUUAGAUGUUAGUCACUCCUAGGGGUUAAAGGGUUAAUUGUUGGCAUAGAUUGAUUUGUUUUCCUCAAAAUUGCCUAUAAAGAUAUAAUUCUUCUUGAGGUUUUUUUUUUUAGGUAAGAAGAAUUCUUUUUCCUUUCUAGAACUCUUUGAAUUCUGUGAGCUUCCUGUUGCACAACAACAGCUCUCACAACCAAAUCAGCUCUUAGAUAUUUUUACAAGGGGUAUAAAAGAGCAGCAUGGUUAAGGAUUUCAGCAGGGAACCCAUAGAUCAUGGCACAAAUUUGCUGGUGAAGAUGUAAGCAGCUGAUGUUUUUUAGUGAUAAAAGGUUGGUCAUUGAAUUACAGGUUGUGUCAGAUCAGGUAGUAACCAUGUUCAAAAAUUGCUUGAAGUGCUGUCAUUGUGAAGCUCAGAAAACCUAUAAACAUCAGAAAUAUUUCUGGGAUAUGUUAUAAACUUGAGAAGGACAAACUAAUGAGGCAAAAGGGAGCUUUACUGUCGGCUUGCAGAUCUUUUUUUUUUUUUUGUAAUAUGAGUGGUUGAUUAUUAUGGAAUAAACAGUUAAUAUGAACUAUAGGUGUUAAUGAUCCUUGAGGUACUUUCUUGAAUGAGUGUUAAAGUGGAAAGGAAUUGUAUAAGUUGUGUGUGGAAGCUCAUAUCCAUUUGGUUUUUAUUUUGAUAGAAAAUUGAUGGUCUUUAAUGAGGCCUUAAGCCUAUGUAAAAAUUAAGAAUUAAUCUCUAAGCUUUUGCCGAUCCACAGAAACCACUUUAUAAUUUGAUAAUGCUAAGUACCAGAGAACAACAUGAAAAAUUGACUUGUUUUUUUUUGUUUUUUUGGUUCUGUUUUAUUUUUCUGUUUUUUUUUUCAAACGGGGUUUAUUCCUUUUUGAUAUAGUGAAGUGAUGUCAAAAUAAUUAUUGUUGUUUAAAACAAGGGAUUUUUGUGUGGUCCUCGUGAUCUACAAUUGAUCCCCUGAUGUAUUUAGGAAUAAGAUUAAGGAGCUUUGCUGUUUAUUGUAUUUCAUAAAGCAUUCAUUAAUUUGAUUACCCAGAAGUUUUAGUAGGUAUGGUUCUAUUGUAGCUUAAUAACCCACCUUGAUUGAAAGGUCCAACCAUUUCACUCCCAAGAUCUCGAUAUAAUUUUUUUGUUACUGUCAGCCACAGAUCUCUAAAAUUUUAGCUUUGAGAAUAUGGUGUGAAGUAGGUCAAACAAAAGUAAUUUUUUGCUUUCAUUGUGAAAACUGACAUUGCCUGGGGUAGAAGUGAUUCAUAAUUUAACUGUUCUUUUUUGACUAGGGCCAAAGAAAUGUACCCAAAGGACUUAGGUCAAACCAAAUUUGUACCUACGUUUAUUUGCAGGAUGUAUAUAGUGUUUGUCAAUUUUGUCAUGCUCACACAAGGUUCACGUGGAGUGUAUUGUCAGGCUUAUUUGGCACAACUUGUAAGUGUUUAAUAUACAGUAAUUCAUUGUUAAGCUUUAGUUAGCACUGGGAAACUUAUUAAGUUUCUAAGUCAAGAGGACAGGGCUUUCUCUAUGGAGGGCUACUAUUUCAUCAUGCAGAUUAUUUGCUCUAUUCCAUCAUCACUAAAUAGCAAAACUGUAGCAUGCCAUUUAGUAGUCACUCUUGCUCCAACGUCGCACUGUCACUAGGCUCUGUAACUGUGCUCUAACACUUCAAAUUCUGCAUCACACUUUUUAAGUUCCACAGGGAAAUUGAUAUUGUAAAGGGCCUCCACACUCAAUUUUUAAACAUGUUAUGACCAUUUUAUCCGUCACUAGUGCUAUAUUCCCUAAAAGAUAGUUACUGUAUAUCAUUUGAGUGACUCUGCGAUUCUUUCUUUGAUGAGGAGGGGGCUGGUAAUCUGAACAUUCCAUUUCUUUUCUGAUGCAACUUAAUGCAUCAUUUGAGUGCUCUUCACUUACUUUGAUCAAGGUGUUAAAAAUGUCACUGGCAGUCAUUAUGAGUAUGUUCUCUGUUUCUCUUUGUUUCUCGCAUGAGACGACGCAAAAAACAUCUCUCCUCUAAGAUUUUACCAGUUAUGGAAUCUUUUCAGCAUGUGUUUGUUAAUAUAUAUUUAUAUAUUUUUUUCAGAUUACAUUGCCAAGAGUAACAGAACCCAAGGUCUGCAUCAGGCCUUAAAGAAGUGAAGCUCAUCUUUGUUGUUCAAGGAGUAUUAUCUCAGAGGUGUGAAUCUUCCGAGCCAUGCUGAAUAGUCAUAUUCCUGUCAUACCAAUGGGGAAUCAGAUCUGUUGCCUAUGAGUGGGAAUUUCUUCCAUCUUUUCCUUAGGAAAGGUUGACUGGGGGUAUAUAUUUUCUUUUUAUCA